AUGUUAAUUCUGCGUAACAGAAUCUUCGAACAUUACUGCCUCUAUUGCGCUCGCAAUGGUCGACUGAUCCCCGUGGGUCUAGUGUUGGGAUUCUAUGUGGACGUGGUGGUUAAGCGUUGGUGGGAGCAGUUUCGCCUCAUUCCUUGGCCUGACGAGAUGACCAUGCUGCUAAGCGCUCACGUUCUCGACGACUCGGAAGCGGCGCGGCAGAAUAUGAAGGCCGUAUUACGCUACAUCAACCUCUCCUAUAUCCUUGCCUUCCGCACAAUUUGUUCUCGUGUUCGGAAGCGCUACCCCGUAGAUCAAAGCCUCCUGGCUGAUGGUAAGACCAAUCGAAUUCGUCAAAAUCUACGGAGGCACUGCGCUAAAGGUUGA